AUGAGCACUUGUGGUAGAUUCAGUUGCACUGCAAUUGACGGCUCGAUCUUCCACUGGGAACAAGAGGCGGAUAAUAUUUCUAUCUAUUUCUACCUAGACGCCAGUUUAAAGGCAAAUGAUAUACAAGUAAAAUUUAGAGCAAAUUCACUAAUAGUUGAGGUUAAAGGGAAAGAGAUACUAAGGGGUAACUUGUGUAAAACAGUAUUAGUAGAUGAUUGCUGUUGGACAUUCACAGAUAAUUUCCUAGAAAUUACUUUGGCAAAAUCCGUAUCGCAUCAAGCGUGGGAGUAUCUUUUGGACAAUUGUGAUAAACUAAGUAAAAAUGAAAUUGAAACUCAAAAAGCCAAAAUCUUGUUGGAAAGGUUUCAACAUGAUCACCCUUCCUUUGAUUUCGACGGGGCAACAAUUCAGGGAAAUGUGCCGGAUGCUCAUACAUUUUUAAAGUGA